AUGACAACGACCUUGCCAGGUGUUGCUGACACAAAAUCUUAUAUACUUGAGAGCCAAUUACCUUCUGAUAUCUACAAAAAAUUUGUUGAAGACAAGGGGACAUCUCAUCUUUCUGGGUUUACAUUUGUAGUGACCAGCAUCAUUCAUCUCGCUGGUGGUAAGAUCCCCGAAGAGAACCUUUGGCAUCAUUUAAGACGGAUGGGAUUAAGUGAGAGUGAUGAGAACCAUCCAGUGUUUGGGAACACCAAGCAAACAUUGGACUUGCUUGUGCAACAGAGAUUUCUACAGAAAGAGAAAACUAAUGGCCCUGAGGGAAAUGUUAUCGUUUAUGAGCUUGCUGAGAGAGCAUUAGAAGGAUCCGUUUAUAAGAAGUUGAAAGAUUCCAUAGUCGAGCUUGUGAACAGAGAUGGUAGUGCUGCAGAAGCUGAUUAGAAUUUGAUCUGUGCUAAGGUGGGAGUGUUUCCUCAUUAACAUCUUACAGCCUUUUUUGGGCUCUUUUUUUGUACUGCUGGCAAUUUUUUGGAGCACUGAUAUUUAACCAUUGAACGCUUUUGGGUAGCAUUGAAAUCCUUUUUGUGAUAUGGACCAAUAGUUAAUAUUUCCAUGGGCAUAAUUUUGUCAGGUUGAACCAACCACCUAGUUUAAUAAUCAGAUAUACUUUUAUCUUUCA